AUACUGCACGGACGACGUUCUCCUCCGCGAGAUGAUGUCCGACCCCAUUCUAGAACACUACGGGGCCAUCGUUCUGGACCAGGCCCACGAGCGCACGGUCAGCACCGACAUCCUGCUGGGCCUGCUGAAGGAGGUUCUGGUCCAGAGGCCCGACCUGCGGGCCGUGGUGCUGACGGCUCCCCCAGCUGAGGAGAGGCUGCUGGGCCACUACGGGGGCGGCGUGCCCCCAGCUGAGGAUAGGCUACUGGGCCACUACGGGGCGGGCGCUCCCCCAGCUGAGGAGAGGCUGCUGGGCCACUUCGGGGGCGGCGUGCCCCUGCUGCGGCUGGAGAGGCUGGAGGGGGCGGAGGUGGUGCACAGCAGCGGUUGCGGCGGCGGGGGCGGUCACAAGGAUUACUUCUACCCAGCGCUGCGGCUCGCUCUAGAGAUACACCGCACACGGGAGCAGGGGGACAUCGCCGUCUUCCUCGCCUGCGCACAGGAGGUGGAGUGUGCGUAUGGCAUCCUGUGUAAGGAGGGAGCCAGGCUGAGUGGGGGGGGUCUGGGGCAGCUGGUGCCCGUGGCCCUCUACCCAGGCCGGCUGGGGCCCCUGUCCUGCCCCUGUGCCCCCCCACAGGAGGACCAGCCCCCCCACAGCCGCAGCCGUCGCGUCUUCCUCUCCCACAGCCAGGCGGAGGACAUGUUCUGGACCGUCGACACGCUCAACUUCGUCAUCGACACAGGGGUGGAGAGGAAAUACGUGUACAACCCUCGAGUGCGGGCGUCUGCAGAGGUCAUAAGGCCCAUCAGUCGAUGUCAUGCAGAUAUCCGCAAGCAGCUGACCAAGGCCUCGGGGAAGGUGUUCUGCCUCUACCCAGAGGACUCCAAGCUUCCUGCAGAGUGCGCCCCCUGCCUGCUGGAGUCCAGUAUCGCGCCCACCGUCCUCUUCCUCAAACGCAUGGAGGUGGCGGGACUAGCACACUGUGACUUCAUCAACAGACCAG